AUGGCGACCUCCACCUCCUCGCACCGGCCCAUCAAGGGGAUCCUGAAGAACAAAGGCUCCACGGCUUCCUCGGUGGCGGGCCCCGCCCAGCAGUCCGGAGGGGCUACCCAAGAGGUGCAGAGAAAAAAGUCCCAGAAGUGGGACGAAUCGAACAUCCUGGCGACAUACCGCCCAGCGUACAGAGAUUAUGAAUUAAUGAAGACAAAUGAGCCCGGUACUCCCCACCUCAGUAUGCAAGAUGAUGGGGAAGAUGCAGCGAGUGGUUUAGAAGCAGAAGUCAUGACCCCAGACAUCUUAGCCAAGAAAUUAGCCGCCACUGAUACCUUGGAGUCCAACUAUCAGGUGGGGGAGCCAGAGAGUGACGGGGCGCACACCAGCAAAAUCUUCUUCGACAUUCAAGAAAAACACCGGCAGUUCGAAAUGAAAAGGAAGCUUCACUACAACGAGGGGCUGAACAUCAAACUAGCUAGACAAUUAAUUUCAAAAGAGCUACAACUCGAAGAAGAGGAUAAAAACGAAGAAAGUCUACAUGCUACUAACGAAGAGAAGACUACUACAGAAGAAUCGGAUGAAGGUCCUGCAAGUGAUGAUCUGCAGAUCCAGUUAUACUAUGCGUAGAAGACAUUUGUUCGACUCUGCAGUUAUUUGUCAGAUACAAGCCCUGUUACUCUAAUAUACUGCGUCUUGUUCUGUAGAGCUCAUGCUUCAAGUACUGAAAUACUUAUAGUUA